UGCCGACUAUGGUCAUUUAGGUGUGGUUCUGGUGAACUUUACUACCCACCCGGAAGAUUUAUUUUGAAUUUAAUCGUGUAUUUUAUUCAUAGGUCGGAAAUUUCUCUGAUGCUCUUCAGCACAGCAUCCUCGGGGGAGGCAGAAAAUGAGAACUGAAAUUAAAGGGUCUAAAUUCUGAGAAGUGAUAAACUUCCUGGUGAAAUGUUUGCAGAUAAGCAGGUUUAAGAGCAUCGCCGUUAUUCAGAAAACAUACAUCAUCCUCGCUUCUGGAAUAAAUUUUCUUCAGUACAGUAUGGGCGCAAAGACAGCAGUUUUGCUCUUCUGGCUUCAGGUUUUUGGGGUUUUCGUGUUUGCUGAUGUUUGGAAAGUGAAAGUAGAGCAAGAAAUGAAGGCUUUGGUCUCAUCUUGUGUUGUGUUACCCUGUUCAUUCCAAUAUCCCGGAACAAGACAGCCCUCUGCUCGUACGAGAGGUAUUUGGCACAAAAAAGACAAAUGGGAUGACUACGUCUAUUAUGAGGAUAAAACAAGAGUCUUAGACAAUUUCAAGGAUCGCACCAGACUGGUUGGACAACUGGGUCAAUUAAACUGCUCAUUGGAGAUCGAUGAAGUCAAAGACCAUGACAACGGCCCAUUUUGUUUUAGAGUUGAAUUAGAGACAUCAGAAAAAAACAGAUACUCCUUUGUGGACAAUUGUGUACACAUUAGUAUGAUUGAGCAAGCCUCACAACCGGACCUGCAUUCUGAUCAGGCUGUACAGGAGGGUCAUCCUGCGAUCUUCAGAUGCUCUGUCAGGCACACCUGCCCCUCAUACCAGCCCACUCUAACCUGGAACCACAAAGGCCAAAACAUGAUGAGCUAUAAGGACAUGGGUCAUGGAAACUGGGAAGUUGAGUCUAUUCUGACCUUCACACCCACAAAAGACGACGAUCACAGCGAUAUCACGUGUACCGUCAAUUAUCAUGGUGUCAAGGAUAAAUUAGUAGCCAGCCGUGCCAUCUUUGUGAAAGAACAAGCAACUCUCAAUCACAUCCUGAUUCCAGUAAUCUGUGGGCUUGGAGUCGCUCUUCUUGUGGGAGGACUGAGUUUCCUUAUAAUCAAGAAAUACAAGAGGCGCAUUGAAGAUCUCCAGUCCAGAAAUGACAAUGGGGUGUGGAGUCGACUAUCAAGAAUGUCUCGCAGAUUCCGGGCAGGUGGAAACAGCGCUGGACCAGAUCGAAGAGAUCAGAGGAGGUCUAUUUGGAGUAGAUUUUCAAGGAGAGGUCAUGGGGAUCAAACUGACAAGAAUUUCGACAACAGGUUGGACAAAUCAGGAAACAAGAAUUUCUCCAAACCUCGUAUGCCAUCACCAAAGAGUCAGCCCAAAUCCACUUCUGGUUAUGAUUAUGAUGAUGAUUACACCAACACAGCAGAUCUCAACUUAUAUGGAAAUGUCUGAUGUAAAUAUCACAUUAACAAAGUGGGCCGCACUCUCUUAAAUAAAUCAGCAUUUUGUAUAAGAGAAGUACUUAACAAACAAGAUUUUCUAUUAAAAUAGGGUUUUAUUUAGGAUUAAGCAAAAAUACUAUACAUGUUGACAAUAUUUUUUCAGAAUUGCCUAAUAGCCUAUUUGCUUUUGAGUUUGUAUUGACUUGACUGUGUUUAAAAUGUGUGUUUUGUUUUCUUUAUGAUUGUACAUCAUGAUUUUUAUUUUAAAAUAAUUUGUAAAAAACAAUAUUUGGUAGUACAUCUUGAUGUUUAUAUUCUAUUAUGUAGUGUGAAGACAUUUAAAAAAAAAACACAGGCUUUAUAAUUGUAUCAUACUUCAGCUUUUUGAGCAGGCUGUGUCUGAAUAUUAAUGAUACAUAUUCCUAAAUUCUGUGUAAAAAAAUAAUCAUACAGUUAUGCCAUAAAUAAAACGCCUGUCUUUCAGUG